GCGCCAUAGUGCGCAUACAGAAUCCGCAUCAUCAUAAUAUUUUUAGGAGGAAAAAGCACCAAACAUCACUGAAUAUCCGACCAACCUCCUUGACGUCAGAUAGUUGCCCUUGUAUGAGAGAGAUGUCUACUUCCUCGAAUUUGAGAUUUCCAAAAGCACAGGAAACAACUUAAGUACAUCAUUUACUUUUUCGUCCGUCGUUUCCAGGUGAAAUGAGGCUCAGCAUUCGACUUGCUUACCUUUUCCUGUAUAACCUGCUUCAGUUCUGUGGGCACACAUGGAUAUUUGCAAACAUGACAGCCAGGUUUCUCACAUUUGGUGGAGACGCGCUUGCUGACACCUUCUAUGCUGUGGGGGUUGUGAUGAGUCUAUGCCAGCUGUUGUCCGUGCUGGAGCUCUUCCACAUCGCUGAUGGGAUCGAGAAGGCACGCCUUCUGCCACGGUUUGUUCAAGUUAUGACCAGAAACUUCCUACUGUUUAUGGUGAUAGUCAGUCAAGAGGAGAUCCAGAGUAAACCGGUUGUGUCUGCACAGUUUUACCUUUGGAAUAUUCUAGAUCUGUUAAGGUACCCCCAUGUUCUCCUGUGUUUGAUGGGCACGGAUUCCUUUGGCAUGCUGUGGGCUCGAUACACCCUAUCCAUCCCCAUCUACAUAGUCUCAGUCAUCACAGAAGGCAUUACCAUUCACCAAUCACUGCCUUACUUUGAGUCAUUGGGAACAUACUCAUUCCAGCUCAGCCUGCCGGUGUCUGCAGGCAUUUACUUCCCUAUCCUCCUGAAGGCAUACUUACCUUUACUGGCUGUUGGGGCUUGUGUAACAGUGUGGCAUUCGCUGAGGGCGAGAGAACUGCGUCUUGACAAGUGGAAUAAGAAGAUUAAAAGGAAAUGAGGUGGAUUUCUUUUUGCAGGAUAUAUCACUUCGGGAGUUACUUAAUAAGACAUGAAGACGUUAUGACCCAACAGCAAAUGAGAACAUCUUCCUAAGAAGCCUUCUUUGCACAACAUCGCUUUGAUGAGGUCACACUUUCGGGAAUAGUUGGAUAAGCAAAAUGUUUAUAAACGUGUUCAGUUGAGAAAC